CGUAGCUGUCAAUCAUUCGGCGGGUUGUUCCGCGCAUGCGCAGUAAGCGUGUCAGGCUCCGCCGAUCUGCGGCUGCAGUAAAGUUACUCUGGGCUCUUAUAGCACACAUCAAAUCCAUAUUUCUGAUCGGAUCUGGGCGCUCAUAACAGCUGUCUGCAGUGUUGUGUGUGUUAUAUUUCAGGGUUUGUGUUGGUUUCAGCAGCGGCGCAGUCAUGCGCGGCGGUGUCUGCAGUAUCCGGGCUCUGGCCCCGGUUCUUCUGCCCCGCUGGCUCUGUGGCCCUGGGGCCCGUCCUGCUCGUCUGCACGGAUCGGUGCGGUUCUUAAGCACAGACUCUGUGUCCGCGGCUCUGCCGGCUCGCGCCCGCGUGGUGAUCUGUGGAGGAGGCAUCGUGGGCACGUCGGUGGCGUAUCAUCUGGCCAAGCUGGGCUGGACGGAGAUCGUGCUGCUGGAGCAGGGCAGACUUGGAGCCGGCACAACUCGGUUUUGUGCAGGAAUAGUAAGCGUUGCCAAACCUCUUUCUGUUGAGAGUAAGAUGGCAGAUUAUUCGAUCGCACUCUACGAGCGUUUGGAAGAGGAGACAGGUGUUAAAACGGGUUUCGUUCGUACCGGCUCUCUGUGCUUGGCUCAGAAUCAGGACCGGCUCCUGUCUCUGAAGCGUCUGGCGUCCAGACUGAAGGUUCUGGGCGUCAGCUGUAACGUCAUCAAACCCAAAGAUGUGGCGAGGCUGCACCCGCUGGUGAAUAUUCACGAUCUGGUCGGAGCUCUUCAUCUGCCCGGAGACAGUGUGGUUUCCCCGCCGGACGUUAAUCACGCGCUCGCGGUGGCCUCGGCCGCUCACGGAGUGCAGAUCUAUGAACACACCAGUGUUAAUCAUGUGGUGGUGAAGAAGGGCCACGUCACGGCUGUAGAGACCGACCGCGGGUCCAUCGAGUGCGAAUACUUCGUCAACUGCGCUGGACAGUGGGCGUAUGAGCUCGGUCAGAGUGGCGAGGUCAAAGUGUCUGUUCCCUUACAUGGCUGUGAACAUUUCUACCUGCUCACCAAACCGUUAUCUGAGCCGGUUCAGAACGACAGCCCAGUGCUGAUAGACAUGGAUGGGCGGAUCUACGCUCGGGCCUGGCAUGGAGGGAUCCUGUCGGGCGGCUUUGAGAAGAACCCUAAACCCAUCUUCACUGAGGGACGCAACCAGCUGGAGAUUCAGAACAUGCAGGAAGACUGGGAUCAUUUCGAGCCCAUGUUGAGCGCUCUGCUGCGCCGGAUGCCCGGUCUGGAGUCCUGUGAGAUCCAGCAGCUGGUCAACUGCCCAGAAUCCUUCACUCCGGACAUGCGCUGCCUGAUGGGAGAGACCCCGGGCAUAUAUGGCUACUUUGUGCUGGCGGGCAUGAACUCAUCAGGCCUCUCGUUCGCUGGCGGAGCUGGGAAAUAUUUGGCGGAGUGGAUCACGUACGGAUACCCCAGUGCCAGCGUCUGGCCUCUGGACAUCAAGCGCUUCGGUAAUCUACAGAGCAGCCGCACGUUCCUGCGCCAUCGCGUGAUGGAAGUCAUGCCGCUGCUGUACGAGCUGAAGGUUCCUCGCUGGGACUUCCAGACGGGCCGGCAGCUGCGCACGAGUCCGCUGUACGACCGCUUGGACAUGCAGGGAGCGCGCUGGAUGGAGAAACACGGCUUCGAGCGAGCCAAGUACUUCGUUCCAGCCGGGAAAGAUUUACUGGCUCUGGAUCAGAGUAAGACCUUCUACAAGCCCGACUGGUUUGAUAUCGUGGGCGCGGAGGUGAAGUGCUGUAAGGAGGCGGUGUGCGUCAUCGACAUGUCCUCCUUCACCAAGUUUGAGCUCACAUCUGCAGGUGAUCAGGCCCUGCAGCUGCUGCAGAGAUUGUGUGCUAAUGAUCUGGACGUUCCUGUCGGUCACAUCGUCCACACAGGCAUGCUGAACCAGAGAGGAGGCUACGAGAACGACUGCAGCGUCGUGCGCCUCAGCAAAAACAGUUUCUUCAUCAUUUCACCCACCGAUCAACAAGUUCACUGCUGGUCCUGGAUUAAGAAACACAUGCCCAGCGACCCACAGCUCCACCUGGAGGACGUCAGCUGGAAGUACACGGCUCUGAAUCUGAUUGGUCCUCGUGCCAUGGACGUGCUGUCCGAACUCUCGUAUGUGUCCAUGACUCCAGAACACUUCCCGUCUCUCUUCUGUAAGGAAAUGAGUGUGGGCUACGCUAACGGCAUCAGAGUCAUGAGUAUGACACACACCGGAGAGCCGGGAUUCAUGCUGUAUAUCCCUAUAGAGUAUGCACUGCAUGUGUAUAAUGAAGUGAUGUCAGUCGGGCAGAAGUACGGCAUCAGGAACGCGGGAUACUACGCUCUGCGCAGUCUGCGGAUUGAGAAGUUCUUUGCGUUUUGGGGGCAGGAUCUGGACUCGUUCACCACACCGCUGGAGUGCGGACGGGAGUUCAGGGUCAAGUUUGACAAGGACACAGAUUUUCUGGGCCGGGACGCUCUGCUGCGGCAGCGGGUCGAGGGAGUCUCGCGGCGCUUCGUGAUGCUGGUUCUGGAGGAUCACGACACAGAGCUGGACGUCUGGCCCUGGUGGGGCGAGCCCAUCUACCGUAACGGUGAGCUGAUCGGGGUCACCACCAGCAGCGCCUACAGCUACACGCUCCAGCGCCACGUCUGUCUGGCCUUCCUGAGCCCCACAAACACAGACGGCUCUCCGGCCGCGGUCACCGCCGACUUCAUCAACCGCGGAGACUAUGAGGUGGACAUCGCUGGACAGAAGUUCCCCGCCAAAGCCAAGCUCUACCCCUUCAGCUCGCUCUUCGCUCAACAGAAGCGGCGCAAGGAUGACAUGGAGCUCAGCAACUUCCAGAGCAAGUGAAGAAGAGCCGCAGCACUUCCUGAAGUCCCUCACACACCCAAUCGUUCUUGUGUCAGUCGCUCAUUAUGUGUGGUUAGCGCUCCGUAUACGUGUGUGUUUUGGGCUGUUGUUGAAGUGUAAUAGUGUGUCACGAAGGUCCUGUAUGCUGAACAGAUGUUUUAAAGUGGAAUUAAUUUGGAUUUGGAAUUACAGUUGAAAGCAUAAUUGACUUUAGAAAGAAAGUUUUUCUCUGUGUUUGUUCCUAUUGCUCUGCUGAUAAUCCGGUCACGUCUUCUUGAAUAAGUCCCUGUUCUGCUCAUCAUUGUCAAGCGCCACAUGGUUUAAGAUGAAGAGAUGUAUAUUUAUAUGGAUGUCAGACACUAGACAAUCAAUGUCUGUUUGAAGCGUUAAGUUUAAUUGGAGAGGACUGGAGAAGUAUUUCAAAGCGUGCCUGUCUCUCUGCCACACUAUUUUGUAAUGAAACUACGAUACUAAAUGAGGAGGCAUUGAGGGACGUGCAAAUUAUGUGAGACAUUAAUGAGAAAUGACUGAACAGAGAUCCUGGAGCGACGCUUUAAUGAAGUGCCUUGCAUUUGCAGUGUGAAAUACAUGAAACUGGAUUCUUUAUGUUCAUGCAGCUCUAGUAGCGGCUGUGUUUAUAGUGUUUAUAGUGUCGUCUGAUCAGUCAGCGUUAUGUUCCUCUAUCAUUCUGAAUCACGUGAUCUGUUGCUUGUGGAUCUGGUGUUGAGAUGCUCAGUGUUUGGACUGCAUAUUAUUUACAUCUGUGUGGUUUUAUCUUAAAAAGCUUACAGUCAGAUCAUAUUUAAAUGCACAAAGAAUUGCACGUCGUAUAUCAUGUUUAAACGAGAAGCAGCUUUGCACAGUAAGGAUCAGUGGUGUGUUCAAACGAUCGUAACAAGGGGAAUUUCAUAAAAGCAUGUUUAGAACACUUUUUAUACAAAAUAUAAUUUCUGAUUUCUUUCUUUUGAGGUGAAAUAAGAGUAAAGCAUUGCAUACAAUACAAGUAAAUCAUUACUGUUUAUCCAGCCAUAAUGACUUAAAGUACUAAAGCAUU